UACACCAUUUUCAAAAAACAAGCAUUAGUAAUUUGUGCUAUAGAAUUUUUCUAUUUAAUCUUAUAAAUUUUAUCCAAAGAUCAUUGUUUGAUUUAAUUAUUUUGUAAAAACUUGUAUUAAACCAUAGGUUAAGAUGAUUAUUCCAAUUCGUUGUUUCACUUGUGGAAAAGUUAUUGGAAAUAAAUGGGAAGCAUAUUUAGGUUUAUUACAAGCAGAAUACACAGAAGGUGAUGCUCUUGAUGCUUUAGGAUUGAAGAGAUAUUGUUGCCGUAGAAUGUUAUUAGGACAUGUUGAUUUAAUCGAAAAACUUUUGAAUUAUGCACCACUUGAAAAGUAAUGUAGUAUUAUUAUUUAGUUAUAGUUUGUAAUUAUU